AUGGCCCGCUGCAUCUACUACUUCGGAGAGUCCCAUUCUGAGAAGAUUUCCGACUUCAUUGUCUUUACUUUCUUCGAGGAGAGAGGGCGCGCAGAGAAGCGAAUGGAAUGCCUCUACUUGGACGCAGAACUCUCAAAGGAGAAGGAGGAAGAAGAAGAUGCACAACCUCGACAGCUCCACCGCCUUCUUCCCCACCUUCAACCCCCACCAACCUCGGCACCAUCUCUCUCCAAGCUAUCGACUUCCGCCACCACCCUCCGCCAACGGCUGCGCGUGUACGUGAACGGCCCUAUCAUCGUCGGAGCCGGCCCCUCCGGCCUCGCCACCGCCGCCUGCCUCCAACUCCUCCACCUCCCCUUCCUCCUCCUUGAGAAAGAGUCUUGCAUCGCCUCCCUAUGGCAUCAACGCACCUACGACCGCCUCAAGCUCCACCUCCCCAAGGCCUUCUGCAGCCUCCCCUUCAUGCCCUUCCCUGCCCACUUCCCGGACUACCCCACCCGCGACCAGUUCCUCGCCUACCUCGACGCCUACUGCCGCCACUUCCACCUCCGGCCGCGCUUCGGGCAAUGCGUUGAGUCGGCCACCUUCGACCACGUAACCGGCCUCUGGCACGUGUCCAUCAUGGGGGCAGAAUUUGAGUACCUGUGCAGGUGGGUGGUGGUGGCCACCGGCGAGAAUGCGGUGCCCGACCUCCCGGAGCUCCCCGGCCGCGAGGCCUUCAAGGGAAACGUGGUGCAUUCUGUAUGCUACAAGAACGGUGAAGGGUUGCGGGGGAAGGAGGUUCUGGUCGUGGGCUGUGGCAAUUCCGGCAUGGAAGUGUGCCUCGACCUCUGUGAGCACGGAGCCAAACCUUUCAUGGUGGUUAGGAAUGGUGUGCAUGUGUUGCCAAGGGACAUGUUUGGAGUUUCAACAUUUAGGGUUGCAAUGGCGCUGUCAAAGUGGCUUCCAUUGAAGAUGGUAGACAUGAUUUUGGUGUUCUUGGCAGAGAGAAUGUUUGGUUGCACUCAGGAGUGUGGGUUGAGAAGACCAGAAAUUGGGCCUCUAGAGUUGAAAAGAAAAACAGGAAAGACUCCAGUCUUGGAUGUGGGAGCAAUACCCAUGAUCAAAAGCAGAAAGAUCAAGAUUAUGGCUGCAAUUGAUACACUGACCACAAAUGGAGCAAAGUUUGUUGAUGGGAAGGAAUUGGAAUUCCAUUCAAUCAUUCUAGCUACAGGCUACAAGAGUGACUUCUCAUCAUGGCUCAAGGACUGCAACUCUUUCUCAGAGGAUGAGGAUGAGAAGAUUCAGACAAUUCCUUGCAAUUGGAAAGGGCAGAAUGGCUUAUAUUUUGUGGGUUUUGCUGGAAAAGGCCUUCAAGGCAUAAGAUUGGAUGCAGAGAGGACAACAGAUAAUAUAAGAAGACAAUGGACUGACUUGCCAGAAAAUAAGCAUUUCAUGGUGCAGAGCGAACUCAGAGGGACUUGGUAGAUCCGGAUUUGCCAGACGCAUCCAGGGAUCCAUCCACGACGAGAACGUUGCUGGAGAGCACCGAUGCGAAUAUGGGUGCGAAUCGAAGCUCUGGUCCAAAUGAAGUGCAAGUGAGAAGGUCUCGGCGCAUGACGAUAGGAUAGAGGUGUCAUAGGUUCAGCCCUCCCAGUGGCGGAGCCACGUAUAUGACCAGCUUCUCAAUUUUCUUUCAUUUUUACAUGAAGUUCGUUUAAUAUUUACUUUGUUAUACAUGUAAGUGCCCCUUCAGGUAUGAAAACCUG